AUGAAUUACAAUACGCUCAUAACAAUAGUGUUGGUAGUAAUAGCCUUUAUAGCUAUUGCUACAGCUGCACCUCAAACGGUCGCUCCACCAGUUGUAAGUGCUACCAAUGGGUCCACACCCCCUGCCGCCACUGCUGGACAAUCGGCUGCAUCAUCUGCGAUUUCAGAUACAACGACCCCUACAUCCCUCGCAACAUCUCCCGCAGCCACUCCAGCAGUCCCAGUUCCAUGCACUCCCAAUCCAACAAAUGCUUCUACUCUGAUAUGUUCGGACACUACUACAUACUGCGACCUAUCUAGCGGACUGUGCCAGAAGAAAAUUGCACUCGGGCAAGCAUGCAGUGAUGACAUCAGUUGUGAGUCAGGUCAUUGUGAGUCAGGUGUAUGUGCCGACUCGUCAGAAAACUCGAGUCCAAACAAUAAUCAAACUAUUCAUAUUGUGAUGAUGAUUGGAAUAGGCAUUAUUGGAAUUAGUAUAAUUGGACUGUUAAUAUGGGCUUGUCGCGCAAGACGAAAGAAACGUCAAUCGAAUACUCGCGACGUCAGUAAUGGCGCAAAGAAAUCAGCUGGAGUCGCUCCUAGUCCUUCUGACGAUUCUCUGACAUUAGAAAAGAAAAAGAUGAGCCACACGUAUCCAUUCAGUAAUCCGACUACGGGAUUCCUGAGCAAUGACCCAAAAACACUUCUUCCAACUCAUUAUAGACUCAGUUUGGGCGAUGUAUUGGAUUCAUUUAAUGUAGAACUUAGUCCGAUACCAGAAAACCCAUCAGCUGAUGAAGCUUCAGAGGAUUCUCCCGAUAGCUCCGAACUGUACUCACCAACUUCGACUCUUGCAUCUCCACAAGUUGCACAUGUGUCUGAGAAACGUAAGAGCAUUGGAUGGUCAUCAGUGGAUACGAUAAGUCUCAUGAACAGUAAUAUUACUCUUCGCGACUCGAGUACGCUUGGUGAUACAUUAAUGAAUGAUAUGUUGGUAUGUGACGAUAACAAGUCCGAAAAAGGCUCAGUUCACGUAGUAUUUCCCAUAACGAACAAGCAGCAGGCUCAGCAGCAGCAAGAAGACUUGGUAAAGGCUUCUGUCAUGUCGUCUGCAAGCAGUCAAAACGAUUUUACAACCGAUAUUAUGUACGUUGGACUCGAUGACUAUAUGGACGCUAAUGACUUGGAGUCAACCCAAAACUCUGCGGGUAGAUACAAAAUGGCCUCAAUAUAUUCGACCUAUUCUAGAGAGUAUGACAUAUUCGCUAAUUUGCCUGACCUUCCCUCUCCCCAAGUAAUUGGUUCUUAUCCGGUUCCAGGAUCGCCGGGUUCUCGCAUUGAAUCCUGGAAUAGUAAAUCACUGAGAGUGAUUGAUGAGAACACCACAGAUGAUACUUGCAUUGAAUCCGACUGUCCCCGAGCUUCGAUCUACACAUUGAAUGUUCCAUUUAUCAAAAAGCUGUGUUCAGAUACCACGUCUGUGCCACUGCCAGCAACGCCACCUAAAACAUUAGAUUAG